GUGUGCCGUCCACCGUCUGACGGAAGUAUUACUACUUAAAAUAGAAUAUUUGCAGCUCAAAUUAUUAAGUCUUCAAUUAAUAAAUAAUAAUAUUUGUCGGAACAGCUACUUAAACUUAACAACCGAACUUAAACAAACAACGUCUUCACCACACCAAACCAAAUGGGUUCCUUAAUGCGCAAGUGCACCACCAGCAACAGCAACAAAAGCAACAGCAAUGCAAACAACAGUAGAAACAAAGCAUCGGUAGGCUAUCAACUCUUUAUGUAUCAGGAGGAGCUGCGCCGCGGCAAUACACGUGGUCUAAGCGUCGCCAAAUCGAAGAUCUCUCUCACUGAGUCCCUAAUACGCGAGAACGUGCAGAAUUUAAACAACCGCAGUGACGAAGAUCUGCGCGUCAUAAGUCGAGAAAUGUCAUUCAAGAAGCAUCUGCAGAAGCAAGUCUCACGUUAUUCAAAGCUUAUCAAAUUAGCAAUGGGUGUGGAGCGGAAGGCCAUCAAAGAUUCUACGUCUAUUAGUAGUACAGCGGUACAUUCGCGCGUGAAGUAGUCGUCAUCUAUUAUUUAAGCAUCUCUGUUAACUUAG